CAUGCUCUUGCUUUUUUGCGACGACGUCUGCGUUAACGCAUUAGCGAUUCUGCCGCAGCAGCACUGCCGGUAAGGUCCGCAAGGGCUGUGCUCGCCACCCGCCGGCAUUACACUGCACGAAACGACGAUUAUCGGGCGCAUCACAUAGAUAUAGCAUGGUGCUCAAGCAAGAGCGACGAGUAAACGCCGCGAGCGUAGCCAAACGCCAGUCGAUCAGCGCGGCAGCAGCCCAGAAGAAGCUUGAAAUCGAGGAGGCGGCAAGGGAAGCCCAGCUGCAAAAGGCGUGGGCCGUCGGCGCCGACGAGAGGAGUAGACGACGACAAGACGAGGAGAACCAGCGCGAGACGCGGCGAGCUGAAAAGCAACAGGCCAAGGACGAGGCCCUGCGCAAUGACGAGAUCGAGGGCCCGUCGCUCGUCAAGCCGCGACGAGCACAUUCUUCUGAUGAUCUGCUGGGACUCGCGUUAAUGCAGCAAACCGCAGAGAAACGCCUCAAGGCCCGACGGAAGAAGCCCAACUCUCCACCUAGGACGCCGUCCAUGUCCUCGCUGCAGGAAGACAUGCUCGACGUCCAGCGAAACACGAAUCGCGACGUCGACACGGACGCUUUACGACGGGAGGCCGCUGAUGAGAGGAUGCUCUCGUCCGUGCGACGGACGCAGUCCUGCGGCACGCUCGGUGGGUUAGUGGUGCCGCCGUCGCCGCCUCGAUCAAACGGCAAAAAGUUCAGUCGGAAAGGCGUGCGGAAGGUUCCCUCCAAGAGCUCGCUGCGCUUCGUUUCCGAGGAGCUGUGCUGCGCCUAAGGUAUGUGUCCUUU